UGACUGUCCGCAAUUCCGCAAAGUACUCUGGGUGCAAGGAAGCCAAGUGCUGGGAACACUCGCAUACGAAACAUAGUCACCUGCACGCCCGUCCUCCGAUAACACACCGAGCAAGCAAAACGAGGAAACAGAAGAUGCGGGACGGAGGGCUUGGUAAGCUGCAGAAGCGGAUGAUGGGGCGUCUCGGAGAGUCGUUGCAUCCGGAUGACGCAUAUCUGAGCUAUUACGAUAUUCGCCUAACGAGAGAGGACAUUCAAACGCUUAAGAAUGACUGGUUGACGGACAAUGUGAUUUCUUUCUGGGAAGAAUAUCUUGAACGGGAGUUCUUGACUCAGUACAAAAACUCAAAUAUUGUCCUCCUUCGUCCUAGCAUGUCUUUCAUGCUGCUCCAGACGCCCGAUCCUCGCACACUCCGCGACGCCCUACCGAACUUCUCUCGAACAACGCAUGUGUUUCUCCCCAUUAACGACUGCCAUAAUGCCAACGAGGCGGAAGGUGGUACCCACUGGUCUCUACUCCUGAUAUCGAUUGUCGAUGGCAUCGCAUUCCAUUACGAUUCGCUUCCUCCUGGCAAUCGGUGGGAAGCUUAUCAAGUGACGAUGAAAUUCAGUGCUCUAUUAAAUAGACCCAUACGCUUCAUCAAUCUGGAUGACUCGCCCAUCCAGGAGAACAGCAGUGACUGCGGCGUUUUCGUUUGUCUGAGCAUGCGACAUCUUCUACUGAAAAGGCUUCUAAUGGCAAAUUCAAAUGAGAAAGUCAGCAUGAGCCUAGGAGGAAAGAAGAUUGACGCAUCUUCCGGGAGGAAAGAGAUCGCAAAAAUAAUCGAAGGUUUCCGAAAAGAAGGCGAAAGACGGAGAUCAGGUAGUGCAAGUCCAGCAGGGAAAAAGUCACGGAGUCCUCCAAGGAUUGAAUGACCAAACCAACUUCUGUCGUUGUU